UACUGGAAUGAUCUUGCAUUGAGAUCCCCAGAAUUUGCUUCAGCUUUACACACUGCAAUCUUUAGAAUUCCCUCCAAUAAGAUCAUCAGUUUGAAAUGUUCCAAACCCAAUCAACCUGUUAGUAACUUUGUUUAUCUUGAUAACCAAUAUAUUUAUGUCCUCCAUUCCACCAUUAUUAUUCAAUCCUUGUCAUUCUCCUUCACCACUUUUCAUGUCUUUCUCUGGGAUUUUCAUGUGAAGUACAAGCUCAAAUUCACCUGUAGAAGAUUAAAUUCUAACACUAACAAAUUUUUUAUGUUUCUUAAAAAGUUUUAAUAUUUCCCCUCAAAUCUUGAGUCUACAUGUGAUAUCACUUUCACAUCUUAAUUUUAACUUAAGUUUAGAGUGUGAUAUUUGGAGUCUGAAUCUGAGAUCCAAAACCAUUCCUAAUUUAUUAAAAAGGCCUAAUGUAUUCGAGAUAAAGUAAAAGAAAAAAGGAUAUCAAAGAUUGAAUAUACCCUGUAAAAGAAUGCUAUAUCAGUAGCAUUUUUGUUUGUUUUAUUAGAGUUGAGUGGCAUUAUAUAACGAACAGUUAAGAAAUUGAAUCCACGGCAUAAACAAGAAACAUCAAAUUGCAUAACAAUUCUCCCUUAAUUGAUAAUAAACAAAACACACAAUUACACUGCCUAAAAUAAUCAAGGCAUCCUCAUCACAUUAAUAUUCUUCAUAAGAAUCUUCUCUAUAAAAUUACAACCUAAAAAAGAACAAAGGCCAAAAAUGCAUAAAGCAAUCUAAUCUAUAAAGCCAUAUCUCAUAUAGACCAAAUCCCUAUUAAAACAUUGGACACUGCCAUACUGAAUAACAAAAGACUACCAAAUGAAGGGGUAUCUUCACUCAACAAGGGCAAUAAGGGGAAGGGCAGUUUUCUUAUUCCCAUUUCAAAUGUCGCGCAGUUGCUCUUAUCACUUCUUUGACAAUUCCUACAACCAUAAAAACUGCUUUUUUCAAUCUUUUGAGAAUUUCUACCAGCAGAAAAACGACCAAGAAGACAGAUAACCCAAGAAAUAGAUAAACGGUCCGUGUCGUAAAAACGGAGGAUCCUACAUAAGAGAUAAAAAUAUGUGGAUUGCCCUCAAAGGAAGAGGGAUAGAAAGAAGCAAAGUGACCCAUCUUUCAAAUCAAUCCAGAUAAUCCAUUAUAAGAGAGAUCAAGAGUUGAUAAACUCCGCAUUUUGGCCAAGGAGUCUGGAAUAGUCCCAGUUACGUUAUUUUGAGAGAGAUUUAGGUACUCCAUACGAGUAAUCUAGGUAAGAAUUUCACCAGAAAAAUUAUUGCUAGACAAAUCCAUUGCCUGGAGGUUCUUUAGAUGCCCUACUUUUGGCAGAAUCACUCCGGUGAAACGAUUGCAGCCCAUAUUUAGAUGAUGGAGAUGCCUCAUCCGGUAGAUUUCAGCAGGAUUGCCGGUCAACUUGUUUCCGUAGAAGUCCAGUACUUCAAGCCGGAAAGUGGAAGAAGCCUCUUAUGAAACACUAGGGUAAAACUAUUGUAUGAAAGGUUGAGAUAUCUUAGAUGACAUGUACCUGAUAUGCUCAGAGGAAUACGGCCGGAAAUGUUAUUCAUAGAGAGGGAUAAGUCGACAAUCGAUCUGAGCAGGCCGAUAGAAGGGGAUAGGACGCCCGUGAGAUUGAAGUUAGAGAGAUGUGUGUGUUUGAUUUUUUAAAAAAAUCAGAUCAAUUGUGGACUUAUCCCUCACUUUAAAAAAUCAAGCACACACAUCUCUCCAACUUCAAUCUCACGGGCGUCCUAUCGCCUUCCAUCGGCAUGGUCAGAUCGAUUGUGGACUUAUCCCUCUCUAUGAAUAACACUUCCGGUCGUAUUCCUCCGAGCAUAUCAGGUAUAGGUCAUCUAAGAUAUCUCAACCUUUCAUACAAUAGUUUUACCUCAGUGUUUCAUAAGAGGCUUCUGCGAAUUUCCCGGCUUGAAGUAUUGGACUUCUACGGAAACAAGUUGACCGGCAAUGUGCCUGCUGAAAUCUACCGGAUGAGACAUCUCCGCCAUCUAAAUUUGGACUGCAAUCGUUUUACCGGAGUGAUUCCGCCAAAAAUAGGGAAUCUAAAGAACUUCCAGGCAAUGGAUUUGACCCAGCAAUAAUUUUUCUGGUGAAAUUCUUACCCAGAUUACUCGUAUGGAGUACCUAAAGUACCUAAAUCUCUCUCGAAAUAACCUAACUAGGACUAUUCCAGACUCCUUGGCCAAAAUGUGAAGUUUAUCAACUCUUAAUCUCUCCAAUAAUGGAUUUUCUGGAUUGAUUCGAAAGACGGGUCACUUUGCUUCUUUCUAUCCCUAUUCCUUUGAAGGCAAUCCACAUAUUUUUAUCUCUUAUGUAAGGUCCUCCAUUCUUACGACACGGACCGUUUAUCUAUUUCUUGGGUUAUCUGUCUUCUUUGUCGUUGAAAUUCUCAAAAGAUUGAAAAAAGCAAUAUUUCUAGUUGUAGGAAUUGUCAAAGAAGUGAUAGGAGCAACUGCACGACAGUUGAAAUGGGAAUAAGAAAACUCCCCUUCCCCUUACUGCCCUUGUUGAGUGAAGAUACCCUUCAUUUGGUAGUCUUUUGUUAUUCAGUAUGGCUGUGUUCAAUGUUUUAAUAGGGAUUUGGUCUAUAUGAGAUAUGGCUUUAUAGAUUAGAUUGCUUUAUGCAUUUUUGGCCUUUGUUCUUUUUUAGGCUGUAAUUUUAUGGCAAAGAUUCCUAUGAAAAAUAUCAAUGUGAUGAUGAUGCCUUGAUUAUCAAUUAUGUGUUUUGUUUAUUAUCAAUCAAGGGAGAAUUGAUAAUAACAAAGGCCAAAAAUGCAUAAAGCAAUAUAAUCAUUAAAGCCAUAUCUCAAGAUCAAAUCCCUAUUAAAACAUUGGAGACAGCCACACUUUCAUGAAACUGUAUUUUUGCUAAAUCACUGAUCACUACUAUUGCGAAGAUCAAGCAUCCUUUUCUUAUUUGUAAAACAUGUUAUGAAGGCUGAAAAUUCAGCAACAUCAACCACAUAUUAUAUCCAUUCACAACCUCAAAAUUAUCAAUUUCAAGGCUGAAAAUUCGAAAUCUAUGGGGAUGUUAGAAGUCCUUACCAUUCCGAUUGAGCUAGCGUUUUUUAAGCCAAAGUUCCCGCAAUCAAAAUCAAUUCACGACCGCAAAACCUGGUAACCUCGCCGGAAACGCUAUUGGGAGCCAAGGUUCCUGCGGUCGGGAAACCCUAAGUCACGUUUCGGUUCGCGAAUCUCCAUAUCUCUCGUCACUCCGAUCGCCUCUGCGUCAGUGUGUGAACUCACCGGAGACGCCCUUGUCAGAAUCACGACGGCCUAGUGCUCUGCUCCUUUUCG